CCCCUCGACGCUUUUGCUCUUUUUUUUUUUUUUUGUUUUUUUGCACUGGCCCAUUUUCUGACAAACUGUAACGUUAACUUUUUUCCUACACUGUGACCUGCUUACACCUCCAACGGCAGACGUGCAGACGACAGCCGGGUUUCAACAUGUCUGUGGCGGGUUUGAAGAAGCAGUUUUAUAAAGCCAGUCAGAUGGUAAGUGAGAAAGUUGGUGGGGCAGAAGGAACCAAACUAGAUGAUGACUUCAGAGACCUGGAACGGAAAGUUGAUGUGACCAGUAAAGCAGUAACGGAGGUGAUCUCCAAAACAUCGGAGUACCUUCAGCCCAACCCAGCAUCACGGGCCAAACUGUCCAUGUUGAACACCAUGUCAAAGAUUCGUGGUCAGGUGAAGAACCCAGGCUAUCCUCAGGCUGAAGGCCUGCUAGGAGAGUGCAUGGCCAAGUAUGGAAGGGAACUCGGAGAAGACACUAACUUUGGCGCUGCUCUAGUGGAUGUAGGAGAGGCCAUGAAGCGGUUAGCAGAAGUGAAGGACUCUCUAGACAUCGAUGUUAAACAGAACUUUAUUGAUCCAUUACAAAGUUUGUGUGACAAGGACCUUAGAGAGAUUCAGCACCAUCUGAAGAAGCUUGAAGGCCGUCGGCUGGAUUACGACUACAAGAAGAAGCGUCAGGGCAAGAUUCCAGAUGAGGAAGUUCGACAGGCCCUGGAGAAGUUUCAUGAGUCAAAGGAAGUAGCUGAGACCAGCAUGUACAACUUGCUGGAGACUGAUAUAGAGCAGGUGAGCCAGCUUUCAUCUCUCGUUGAGUCUCAACUUCAGUAUCACAAACAAGCCGUCCAAGUGCUGGAGGAGCUCUCAGAUAAACUGCGAGAGAGGAUGACUGAAGCUCAGUCUCGGCCAAGACGAGAGUACACACCUAAACCCAAACCUAUCUUUGACUUCGGCGAGAACAACCACUCCAACGGAGGUUAUACAUCUUCAAUGGCGCCCCCUCCCUCCCGCAACUCUGCCCCAGAGCAGCCGAGCUGUAAGGCCCUGUACGACUUCGAGCCAGAGAAUGAGGGAGAGCUGGGCUUCCACGAAGGCGACAUCAUCAUCCUGACCAAUCAAAUCGAUGAAAACUGGUAUGAAGGCAUGCUAAAUGGCCAGUCGGGAUUCUUCCCUCUCAACUACGUGGAUGUCCUCGUUCCAUUGCCACACUAAAACAACGGAAGCGCUAAGAGAAGUUGAGACGUGUAAACAGUGUGGUGAAGAAGACAAGUGGAAGACAUGAGACAGUCUACCAGGGUUUCAUUUUCACUUUGAGCUUCAUCGCCAUCACCAGGAGUGAGCACUUUUUGUAAACACAAGAUCUGGAUGUGAUAUCAAAGCAGAACACCAACCUUUUCCACAGAAAAGUAAAAAGCAGCCAGACUAUGACUGAGACAAAACAUUUUUAUCGUGCACCUGACAGUAAACAAGAAUUUCCUGGGGACAAACUGUUGACAAAUAGAUGAGCAAUACAUUUUUCAUCACAAAUAGGUGACAGAAAUGAUUUUAAGUUCCCUUAUUACCAUAAGUGGAUUCACAGAUCCUUGUUGUUAUUUUUGUGUUACUGCAGUCUCUGUGACACAGGUGGGUGAUCAACCUAACAGUAGAGUAGCUUUGUAGCUCAAACUUCACCGUGACUCUCAUGAGAACUUGACUGAAUAGUAUCAUUGCAAAACAGAAAAUAUUUGUGAUUCCAUCAGAGUACUGCAGUGCAAGCCUUGACGCCACCUUCUGGCCUGACAGAGAAUUACUUUCACCUCCACUAAAUUGAUAUUACCCAUGAAUAGAUACUAUUGCAGUAGCUGUGUUACAAAAAGAAGCUUAUUGGCAAAUAAUCACAUUUGGACUGUUUUAAAAUUUUGGCCUUACUUAAUUUUUUUUUCUUUUAUUUGUUCGUUUCAAGUGACUGUUCAGCAGCUAACAUAUUUAACAGUAGCUACCUUUAUUUUCAGUGUUUCCGUUGCGAUGCCUUCACCAUUUUCAGGAAUCUGACUGGUUGACGCCACGUGCAAGGAAAUGUAAUUGCACCUUGGGCUUCAGAUGAGAUUAACAUGUUACAGACAUUCUCUAUGAUUAUACACAGACCCAAAGGUAAAUGCAGAGGUUGCACCUUUUUGUCAGUUUGUUUAAAUAAGGAGGCAGAGCCAAAAAGUCUGUAAACAUGCAAUAAAAACAUUAAUUUUAGUGUAAAUGGUUGCUUUGCCAAUAAUCUUAUAACACAGGCAUGUAUUUAUGUAGUUUUUGACCUUCUUGUUGAAGCAUGUUCAACUUUUUUUUUCUCUUUUUAAGGCCUUUUUGAGCCCUGUUCUUGGCACCACGUAACAUAAUGCAGUGCCUGAAUGCAUGACGCUGCUGGCAGCGAGCUAGUCUUUUAUAUUCACCACUAACUGUCCUGCUUUUGCUGUCUGUCCUCAUGCCUCAGAGAAUGUGAAUCCGAUCAUAGUCUGAACCUGUUAUUCUGUACGUUGGACAUGAUAGAUGUGUUAUUGUCUCUGGCUGACUGUUCAAACAGGGCUGGCUUCUUGUUCUGAACCGUCCAGAUCCGCCGGUGAAAUCUUAUCCAACAUUCACAGCUCAGUGUGUGAGAAUGAGGAAUAUUUAAAAGGGAAAACAUCGAGGGAAUUGGCAUGAUUUUAAACCGUUGUCCGAUUGGAUGAAUUUAAGCCACAAAUGGCUGCCAAACGAUUUAUCUCUGAAUUGUAAAGGUGGAGUUCUAAUUGUGAAUGUCAGUUCUGUGCUUUUUAAUCAUUUUCAGUGUUUUGUGUCUUAUUUUGUCCCUUUCAUCUCUACUCAGCUGCCUGACUCUUCCCUCUCUGUGUGUGGUCCUCAUUCAAUACGUUUACAUGCUACGUCUCAAUGUUUGUAUGUAGUUCAAGGCUAACGGACAUGAAAGGUGC